CAAUAUAAUAUACAAUAAUAUCAAUAUUAGAGAAUAAGCAAUAACAAAAUGAAUUAUUUAUUAAGUCAUACUAACAAAAUGAAAUAUAAAAUUAGUAAAUAAGUGAUUAGCGAUAAGCGAACACAUAACAAGAAGUAAUCCACAUAAAAAUAUGAGUAGCAGGUUAUAACAGAAAUAAAGCGAUACGUAUUACUAACAAUAACACAUAAGUUAGAUUCAACAAUAAGUCUAGAUUGUACGAGACCAUCCUUGACAGUUUGUGUGACCGCGGAGCAGAGCCAUAACCAAGCUUACAAGAUAAGAGAAAGGAAAACAAAGAAAUAAUUCACCCAAACCCAUAUCAUCAUCCUGAAACAAGCUAAAAAAUUGACAAGCCUAAUAUAAAAAAAAGAGAAAGAAAUUUUGCCGAUUGAUUACCAAUAGCUUCCAAAACAUACUUUUUUUGAGAAAAGCCGACCUAACCCAUGCAUAAACUUGAAUGUUCUGAACAUUCAAGGAAAAAGCAACGUCAUUGCUUCAUCGAUUGAACACCGCAGAGCUUGUUCAGGGGAUCCAAUUGUGGUCCAAGAAUAAACGACGCAUGACCAUACCAAUAAUUCAAAGCAUAGGCACAAUUCAAUAUCUGCAGGUUAGAGCAGAUACAAAAAAUUAAAAAGCUUGAUCCUACCCUAAAUCCACAAUUUUCCAACUAGCACCUUACAGCAUCAAAAAUAAGAGAAAAACGUCUAAUUUUGGCUCGCCAGCGUGUCACCCUUGUCAGACCCUUGUAAACCAAAACAAACUUCUCCUCCCUCGGCUGAAAGCGCGCGUGCACGGUCGACGCUGCAGUUUAGCCGUUGACCGUACUUAGGCCCAUAAGGCCUAAUGAGUAAGAAAGAGAGCGCUGCUAAACUGAAGUGCGAAGGAAAAGUAAAUACCCUGCGUGGGAGAAAGCCAUGACGCUUUCUUCAAGCUUCGCCUCCCCCGAUUUUUCAUUCCUGUGUGUGCGAACACAAGAGUAAGGACGCUAUUCAAGAGUUCGAUUUUAUAGUUAUAUUUCUGAGUUUUUAAGUUGGAGUUUAGUCUUAAUUGUGUUUCCGUCUUGAUCAUCAUUUACCGAAAUUGUGUCCUAUUCCAUUUGAAAGUUAUUUGAAUUCCCCAGAAACAAAUAAAGGAAUUUUUGAAAUAAUUGAGUCUAAGAAAUUGUUUGAUUUGAGAGUUUUGAUCGUCAACCUUUGGGUCAUCCCCGUCAACAAACACAAGUAAGUCGUUCUCGUUAACAAUUUAAUUUUCCUUGGUGUUUUAUUAUCACGCAAACAGUUUCGGCGCAACAAUCAGUGCGAAGUACUGAUCUCCCCCGUAUGGGAGAGUAAGCUAUCAUCCGCAUAAUCACACAACGUUACUUUGUUAGUUUGGUAAAUUUAUGACUACCCUAACACAUAGAUAUGCUAAAGCUAAUCAUAAAUAUAUGAAAGAGCAUUAUAAAUGCGAUCAAGAUAAUGUAUAUCUCAUAUAUUUAGAUGCUAAUAAUCUUUAUGGCUAUGCAAUGACACAAUCUCUACCAUAUGAUGCAUUUGAAUGGAUUCAAGAUUUUACAAAUAUAAACGUUCAAACUAUAGACGAUGAUGCACUUGAAGGAUAUAUCUUGGAAGUAGAUCUUAAUUAUCCUAAGGACAUUCACAGUAUACAUAAUAAUUUACCUUUCUGCCCAGAGCAUAUGAAACCUCCUGGAUCCAAGCAAGAAAAACUAUUAGCUACUUUGAUGAAUAAAAACAAUUAUGUUAUUCAUUAUCGAGCUUUAAAACAGGCUUUAGCAAAUGGACUUGAGCUUGUUAAAAUUCAUCGAGUGUUGAAGUUUAAACAAUCUCAAUGGUUGAAGCCUUACAUAGAUUUAAAUAGUUCUAUGAGAGCUAAAAUAAAAAAUGAGUUUGAAAAAAAUCUUUUUAAACUAAUGAAUAAUGCUGUUUACGGCAAGACUAUGGAGAAUGUGCGUAAGCAUGUUGAUGUAAAACUGAUGACAAAGUGGGAAGGACGAUAUGGUGUGGAAGCUCUCAUUUCAAAACCAAAUUUUCAUAGCAGUGCAAUAUUUAGAGAAAAUUUAGUUGCUAUAGAAAUGAGAAAGACUAGUGUAUAUGUGAAUAAACCUUUAUAUAUUGGUUUGUCAGUAUUGGAUAUUUCAAAGACUGUUAUGUACGGCUUUCAUUAUGAUUAUAUGUUAAAAAAGUAUGAAAAUAAUUGUAAGUUGUUGUACACAGACACUGAUAGUUUGAUUUAUGCAGUAACCUGUAAUGAUUUGUAUGAAGAUAUUAAAUCAAAUAUUGAACGAUUUGAUAUAUCAGAUUAUCCUGAAAACAAUGUUUUUGGAAUGCCACGUAUGAAUAAGAAAGUUGUAGGACUAAUGAAAGAUGAAUGCAAUGGAGAUAUACUUACUGAAUUCAUUGGAUUGAGAAGUAAAAUGUACAGCACACGUGUUGAUAAGGUGGAUUUUGUAAAGAAAAUCAAAGGUAUAAAGUCGUCAGUUGUGAAAAAAACUAUUUGUUUUGAUGACUAUGUAGACUGUUUGCAAAAUCAAAGAAUUUUGAAAAGAAGCAAUCUGUUAUUAGAUCAAAAUUACACAAUGUUGAAACCAUACAGCAAGAAAAAAUUGCACUAAGUCCGUACGAUGAUAAAAGAUUCCUGAUACCAGACAGCAAUGAAACACUGGCUUGGGGACAUUAUAGAAUAAAGUUAUCGAGUGCUGAUAAUAACUCAAGCAAACAAAAUAAGAAUCUACGUUUUAGUGAUAAAGUUUUGAUUCAUAAUAUGUGUACAUGGACGUUUGCAUAUCAGAGUGCUCGACGUGGUGAAUGUAUGCAGGCUGCAUGUGAUCGUGAACGUUUUAGAAUGAGGAUUGA